AUGAAGGUUUUUAAAUGGACCCCGGACUUCCAACCGGAUGUGGAGUCUCCAAUAGUUCCAGUUUGGAUUGCUUUAUUGGGGCUAUCGGCACACCUAAAAGAUAAACGCACAAUCUACUCAAUCAUGAACCUCGUUGGAUCACCACUAAAGGUUGAUGCCUCGACACUUGCCCACAACCGGCUCUCGGUUGCCAGAGUUUGCAUAGAGUUGAAUGUCCUUAAUCCCAUUCCUGAGCACAUUUGGAUAAAUAGAAUAUGCAAAAUUACAAUAAACAAUGGUUCGUAUGGGGGAUUUGCUCAGCCUGUGAAAUAUGAGUAUAUUCCUCCUUAUUGUCAAACUUGUCAAAAAUUUGGUCAUUUAGUAGCAGAAUGCAGAGUUGGCCAGUCUCUUCCAUUGGUUCAAAAGCAGCACCAGGAUGGUGAUUUUGCCAUUCUUAGCCAGCCGAAGUCACAUGUUAAUCAAAACUCUCCAUUGCAAGCAAUCACCACCAUUGUUCCACCGCGGAAACGUUGGCGACCUCUCGCAGUCCAGUCUCAAGAGGAGUCUCAAAAUUGGCAGCAGCCGGAACUAGAAACAGGGAGUACUACGGGUCAAGAGCAGUUGGUUAUACCGGACCAAGGCCCUACUCUUGGUCCGGUACUCAUUGAUGAUCAUUUUGUGAGAUCGAAAGGUAGCACAGAGACACAGCCGGGUCAUUUGUCUGAUGGUGAUGAAGUGCACAAUGCCCAGGCUUUCUCUAAAACUUUGCUGAAAUCAUGGAAGCAAGCGAGUAAGAUUUUUGCGUCUAGAAUAUCUAAACCGACUCUAGAUGAAUUCGUGACACUAGGUGCUUUAAUUGAGGAUAACACAGCUCCAUUGCUUUUGGGUGGUGAUUUUAAUGUUAUCUCAAGCAUUGCAGAAUACAGGGGAAAUGAAACCCCUAAGUUAAAUAGCAUUUCAGAUUUUUCAACAUUCAUUGCAGAUCAGUCUUUGCUUGAUUUAGCCACAACUGGAGGAUAUUAUACUUGGUCUGGAGUCCGAAACAUGGGAAAAGUCUGGAAGCGGCUUGACAGGUUCCUUCUUACUUCUUCCUUUAGAGAUUAUUUUACUGAUGUUCGUAUUAUGCUUCUGAAUCGGACUACCUCAGAUCACGCACCAAUCUUGCUUUGCGGAGAUAAGACAGAUUUUUCUAGGCCUAAACAGUUUCGCGUUCAAAAUAUGUGGCUUUCCCAUGCUAGCUUUCUAAAUUUUAUGAAAUCUAACUUGGAAAUUCUGGUUGUUGGAGGAGGUAUGCGCGCCCUUGCUUUUAAGCUAAAACGAAUUAAGAAAGCUUUGCGAGUAUGGAACCGGGAUGUUUUUGGCAAUGUUUUGGAUCGGGUAAUGAAUUUGGAACAGUCAGUUUCAGACGCAAAAAGAGAGUUUGACGAGUUGCCAACCCCUGAGAACCGUGAACUAUUUCAUCCUGUUGAAGUCAAUUUUCUCAUUGAUUUUUGCUCUGAUGACUUUGAUAGGAUUAGUCCUGACAAGCUCUUCAUGUUCUCCUAUGAUGUUCAGACCAGUGUAAUUAUUGUAGGCUUCCCGAAUGUUGCUUCCUUCAACAAUACCAUACUUCCACCACGAGAUCAGUUCAAACGAAUUCAUGCCUUCUUGGUAGCUCUUUCCUGA